AUCCGAAAUCACAUCUACGGGUGUCAGGACGGUGACUUCAGAAUUGGAACCACGUUUGAUGGACCACACCGUGGAACAGCUGCGAGCAAUAUGCGUCUAACCGAUCUCGCUAACUGGCUCGUGCACUCAACCAUCUGCACCUUCCGUCUUGGCGUCCGCCUAUCGAUAAGCUUCCCGGCUCCUCCCCCAUGACGCUCGUUGACUUCACCCCACCACGAUUCGCCGCCGAACAGACUCAUUCUAUGACUCCUCCCCAUCGUGGUCAGCCUCACCUGAUUUCUGCGGAAAGCCCAAUUGAGUCAGUCAAUUACAGCUCAUGCCAGUAUUUCAAUACGCUGUCUGCAUGAAUUAGAGGGCACUCUGUAGAUCCCAUCGUCUCGUGUAGCGCAACCCAAUGAUCACCCGAAUACCACCGUAUACGUCAACCCAAAGCCGCCACCAUGUCAAAUAAGGAGAAAUACCAGCCCAAAGAUAGCAAGCGGAAAGGAGAGACUGCUUUGAGCGCAUUCGCGGAAUAUGUCGAAGAGCAGCAGAGCAUCCGCUACCCUACCAAGGGUCCCACGAAGGCUUCAGCCGGUACCGCGCAUGACGCCGAAGACCCCGAACAUCACGAAGAACUCGACGAGCUUUUCGAGACCCUCGACCUGGAGGAUUCCGCGCCGCGGAUUCCCUUAAAACAGCUCCUCCUCGCGACCGAUGACGCAUCAAUACAGAAGCUCGAAAAGGUCGUUGUCGAAAGAUUAGAAGAAGGCUUCGGCGAGGCUGUAUUCGAGCUUGGGUUCGAGGAUAGUGGAGAGUCUAUGGAUUUAACGACCGCAGAGUGGAACGUGGCGUACAACAGACUGGACGAAACAGCGCAUCGAAUACGGGCGAAUUGUCAAUUGCUGAUGACGAAACACGUUGGCGGGGACGUUGAGGCACCGAGCGUGGCCGAGAAUCCCGGCAAGACCAAGGGUUGCAGCGGAAAGGUUCUUGUUCGUCAACAGCCAGGGGUCAUUGAGGAUGUAAUUGAGACGCGGAUAGCCGUUGUCGGCAACGUCGAUGCCGGCAAAAGCUCCAUGCUGGGUGUCCUUGUAAAGGGCGACCUUGACGAUGGUCGCGGAAAGGCGCGGGUGAACCUCUUCCGACACAAGCAUGAGAUCGAAUCAGGGAGAACGAGCUCCGUGGGUAUGGAGAUUAUGGGCUUUGACAGCAAAGGCAAUAUCAUUACGAGUGAUAUCCCUGGUCGCAAGCUUUCAUGGGAAGAAAUCGGCAAGCGAAGCGCCAAAGUCAUCACCUUUACCGACUUGGCCGGUCACGAAAAGUACCUUCGGACGACAGUAUUUGGCCUGUUGUCAAGCAGCCCAAACUACUGUCUUCUCAUGGUGGCAGCGAACAACGGUCUUGUAGGUAUGAGCAAGGAACAUCUCGGUAUCGCCCUGGCUCUAAACGUACCGGUCAUGGUCGUUGUGACCAAGAUCGAUAUCUGUCCGCCCAACAUUCUCGAGGAGACAAUCAGCCAGAUCAACAAGAUUAUGAAGUCCCCAGGCGCACGGAAGAUCCCCACAUUCAUAAAGAACAGGGAGGAGUGCAUCAACACAGCCACGCAGUUUGUCAGCCAGAGGAUCUGCCCCGUGUUCCUCGUCUCCAACGUGACAGGCGAGAACCUGGAUCUGGUCCGCACCUUUCUCAAUAUCCUGCCGCAUCACGGUCGAUACAACUCAGACGCCCCCUUUGAGUUCCAAGUCAACGACGUCUUCUCGGUGCCUUUCACGGGAACGGUGGUGUCAGGGAUCGUGCGAUCUGGUGUCGCGCAUGAAGGCGAUAACAUCCUCAUCGGCCCGGACUCGCUCGGCACCUUCCUGACUACCGCCAUUCGCUCCAUCGAGCGCAAGAGGAUACGUGUUCCUGCCGUGUCCGCGGGUCAGUCCGCCUCCUUUGCGCUGAAGCGCGUCAAACGCAAGGAGGUCAGGAAGGGCAUGGUCGUUCUGCCCAAGACAGAGGGCCAGCCUGCCCCCAAAGUGCACCGCGAAUUUAUAGCAGAAGUCUUGAUCUUGUCCCACGCCACGACCAUCAAGACUCGUUAUCAGGCCAUGCUUCACGUGGGACCCGUCCAACAGACGUGUGCCAUCAUCGACAUUGAUCGCGAACUCAUCCGCACCGGCGACCGGGCCACCGUGGCUUUCCGAUUCGUGCAAAGACCAGAGUACCUCGUGCCUGGUGACCGGCUACUCUUCCGCGAAGGCAGGACAAAAGGGCUAGGAAUCGUGAAGCAGGUUGGGUAUGACCCUUCGAAACCCUUAAGGGGGAAGCCCGGUGAGACAGGAGGCGGGGGAGAACCGUCAGGUGGAGGGAGGGCCGUCGAGGUAGGAGCAUGAUGAUUUCCGGGUGUAAUGUUAGGCAGUCUUCUCAGCAUCGGACGAGCAUUUGGGUUGGUAU